UAUAUGAGGGCAUGGAUAGGGCGAAAGAGGGCAUCAAAUCUAUCUAUGUAGGAGAUGAGAGCAAGUAUGGUCCCAUUUGGCAGAUCAUUGAUAAGAGAUGGCAUCAUCAGCUUCAUAGGCCCAUCCAUGCAGCAGCCUAUUAUUUGAAUCCGGCAUUCCAUUUUAGCCCUACUUUCAGGGCUGAUGCGGAGGUCCUUGAUGGGCUAUACUCAGUCAUGGAGAAGAUGGCACCUGUUGGUUGUACUCAGUCAGAUCUUAUGCGAGAGCUACAGUUGUUCUCAAAUGCACAAGGGGAGACCUUUUCUCGUCCUAUCGCCAAAGAAAGUAGGACAACUAUGAUGCCAGAUAAUUGGUGGAACUUUUUUGGCCCAACGACACCAAAUCUUCAGAAGUUGGCCAUUCGCAUCUUGAGCCAACCAUGCAGUGCAUCUGGUUGUGAGCGCAAUUGGAGUAUGUUUGAGCACAUACACUCCAAGAGGCGCAAUAGAUUAUCCGUGGAGAAGAUGAAUGAUCUUAUCUUUGUUCACUAUAACCUCCGCCUGAGAAUGAGAAAGAAUGCAUUAGCUGACAUCUCUCCUAUCAUUCUAGAUGACACUGAUUGGAUCGACCAGGUAGAUAUAGAGGCUGAGGCUGUAGCCAUGGCAGAGGAGGAGCAGAGAGCACGAGCAGAGAGAGGAGAUUCAGAGGCAGACGGUGAUAGUGACAGAGAUGGUGACAGUGACACAGAUGUUCCUGAUGUUGGUGAGCAUGGCGUGGUGUCACGAGGAGCGGCUAUGGCUGCCCAAUCAUCUAUGACCUACCUUAGAUGCCUUCGUAGGGGGGCGGGGCCUUCAUCGGAGCCGACGUCGGGGCCGGAGGGUGCAGACUCCUCUGCGCCAUAGGCUUGUAGAUGUAUUUACCUUUGUUAUUUGUAUGGAACAUUUGAUGAUGAUCAUAUGAUGACAUGGAUUUUUUAUUCCAUGAGUUUUGUAAUAUUGUAUACAUUUGACAAUAUUUAUAUAUCUAUGUUUGUUA